ACGUGCUGCUGUGAGCUCGAGAGACAGAGAGCCGUGGCACUGACAAACCCACAGACAUUCAUCCAGUCGCAAGAUGGGAUGCACCACGGGGCACUUCACUUGUCAACCGCAGACGACGGCGGCCCCAACCCUGGAAGGCCAGUCGCAAGAAGGAGCACCCAAAGUCCCAGAGGUGCUGUUGUCCCUAGAGCGGCUCUCGCAAGCCACGGGAGGGAUGGAGAAGUCUUGGUACCGCUGCAUCUUUCCAUUUGGAAUAAUCUCACUGGUGAUCGGAGUGGCUGGAACUGGAGUGACGUACACGUACAACGAUCUCCCGCAGACCAAGGUGGUUUCUGUGAUCCUGUUGAUCGUGGGGCUGGUCCUGGUACUGAUGGCGACCACUUGCUGGACGGUCCACAAGAAGAAGCGCAGGAAAAAGAAUGAAGGAGGUUCCUUCAGCUCCGAUCAGUGUCCCUUGUGAGAGAACACCCCCCCAAAAAAACGAGAUCUCCGUCCGCUCAGGUAUCCGUGGUGGACAAGUCGCGAAGGACAGGUCCUCUCUGAGAAUCCCGUGGAAAAUACGGCACAAGGCUGGCAUGAGGGUUCACCAGAGUCACGCAUGCAGUUUACCGUUGCUCAGCAGGUGUCUGGUAUCAAAACAAGCUUGGAGAGGGACACACACUCCUGCACACACACCCACACAAAAACAGGACACUUAACACUAGCUGCGAGCCUCUCGCAGAGCCUCUGCUGCCGUCAAUGCCGCUGUCAGUCUCCUGCAUUCCUGUGACGCCGAAGAAGUGGGCCAGCGGCGGCAACUGGACACCACGACGAAAGAGGAGUUCACCUCCGCCACUGUCGCACGUCAUUCGCCCGUAGCAAUGCGCAAGCUUUUUUACGGAGUGGAACUUGAACCUGCGUCUGCUAGCUAGAACCGGCAGCUGUGAAUCAGGAUAGGAAGAAAGCACAGACAGGAGAGGUCGAGAAUGUGUCCGUCUGCAUGUGUGUGUGUGUGCGUAAUAUGUGUGCUGGAUGGACUAGAGAGACAAGACACCUGCUCGGCCUCUUUCGCUGUCAGCCCUCCAUCAGUUGUAGCCGCUAAUGAUUUAGAACAGGGGUGCAGCACCUGAUAUGAAGGACGCAAAGACCCGAGCUCGAUUUCUUGGGAAUUUUACACAGUGUACAGUGUGCUGAAGGAGUUUUGCAUUGGAUUGUGUGUGUGAGUGUAUGUGAUUCUAUCUGGCAAAUCCAGGACUCUUCAAGGACCUCAUAUAGUCAGUAUUUGGAAAAACAACCGCAGAGGAAUUUUAUAACGGACACGGUUCAGAGAAAGGCAAGCAAACCAAAAGGCCUUUUGUUCUGAGACGGCCAGAAAAGAAAAUUAAUUUCCUGUCUGACAGAUGAGCAGGAUUACUAGGGAGGGGAGGGGAGGGGAGGGGA